AUGACAACAGAUACGUUGACACUACCACCAUUGGCCAAGGUGAAUACAUCUCUGAUGAUUUGUUUUGCCGUUUACCCAAAUCUUAUAACGGAAUACACAAAACCAGGUUGGCUUCGCAACAGGGUUGUUCUUGCACCUACAAAUGCAGCUGUCGAAACUCUUAACUACGACUUACUCAGUCAGCUUCCUUCUCAAGAACGUUGUUAUAGAUCAGUUGACAAGGUUACUGGCCUCGAUCAGGUUACACACUUUCCAACAGAAUUUCUCAACUCCCAAGAUCCUCCAGGACUCCCUCCCCAUGAACUUCACUUAAAAGUCGGUUGCCCUGUCAUCCUCCUACGAAAUCUAAAUGCGCCCAUACUAUGCAAUGGAACUCGCCUAGUGGUCAAACAAAUGAUGGACCACGUCAUUGAAGCCCAAAUUAUCACGGGACACGGCAAAAACGAUACCGUUUUCAUUCCGAAAAUUCCGCUAACCCCAACAGACUGCCCCUACCCUGUGCAGAGAAUGCAGUUCCCUCUAAAACUCAGCUUCUCCAUGACAAUUAACAAAGCACAAGGUCAGUCGCUGAAAGUUGUCGGAUUGGACCUUCGAAUAUCGUGA